UUCAGAGCUGUGCAUCCAUCUAAACUAGAUGAUCUAAUCCCCACCUGAACAAAAAAUGACAAACUCCCUAAGCUCCUCAUCAUCAUCAUCAUCAUCAUCGCUCAUCGAUCCAAGGAGUGGUUUCUGCAAUGCAAACUCGACGUUUUACAGUAAACGCAACCCACUGCCACUUCCGGCGAACACCUCACUCGACGUCACCACUUUUAUCUCCUCUCAAGCUCACCGAGGUACAACUGCCUUCAUAGACGCCUCCACGGGCCACCGCCUAAGCUUCUCCGGCCUAUGGAGAGCCGUGAACCGUGUUGCGGACUGUCUCCACCGCGACUUUGCGAUAAGAAGAGGCGACGUAGUACUCGUCCUAUCUCCCAACUCCAUCUCCGUUCCCAUCGUCUGCCUCUCCGUCAUGUCUAUAGGCGCCGUCGUCACCACGGCGAAUCCUCUCAACACCGCCGGUGAGAUCUCAAAACAGAUGGCGGACAGCAACCCUAAGCUCGUCUUCACAACGCCUGAGCUGGCUAAAAAACUCGCCGGUUCGGGUGUCUCCAUUUUCCUCGAGAGAAAGGGACCCACUCGCGGAGUCAGAGUCGCUGGUUAUCUGACUGAGAUGGUGAACAAGGAGACGAGUGGAGACCGGGCCAGAGACCGAGUCGACAAGGACGACACGGCGAUGCUUCUAUACUCGUCGGGAACCACGGGGCGAAGCAAAGGGGUGAUAGUUUCUCACGGGAACUUAAUAGCACACGUGGCGAGAUACAUCGCUGAGCCACUGGAGCCGAACCAGACCUUCCUCUGCACCGUUCCGUUGUUCCACACCUUCGGGUUACUAAACUACGUCAUGGCCACCGUAGCUUUGGGUUCAACGGUGGUGAUUCUCCGGAAGUUUGAUCUCCACGAGAUGGUGGCGGCAGCAGAGAAGUACAGAGCGACGACUCUGGCUCUGGUCCCGCCGAUCGUGGUAGUUAUGAUCAACGGCUCAGAUGUGAUCAAGGCCAAGUACGAUCUGAGUUCUGUCCGAAGAGUUAGGUGUGGUGGUGCCCCCUUGAGCAAGGAAGUUACUGAAGGGUUUUUAAAGGCAUAUCCAACGGUCGAUAUUUUUCAAGGGUACGCUUUGACUGAAUCGAACGGCGCAGGAGCUUCUAUUGAUACGGUGGAGGAGAGUCGGAGAUCCGGUGCGGCAGGGUUGUUGUCGUCCGGGGUGGAAGCGAGGAUUGUGGAUCUGGAUACGGGUCGGAUUAUGGGUGUUAACCAAACGGGCGAGCUUUGGCUCAAAGGGCCUUCUAUUGCUAGAGGUUAUUUUAGGAACGAAGAAGCUGCAAAAGAAACUAUCAAUUCAGAGGGAUGGCUUAAAACCGGAGAUCUUUGCUAUAUCGACGAUGAUGGGUUUGUUUUUAUCGUUGAUCGACUUAAAGAGCUAAUCAAAUACAAAGGUUAUCAGGUGCCUCCAGCUGAACUAGAGGCUCUCCUACUAAGCCACCCGGAUAUUCUUGAUGCAGCAGUUAUUCCGAUUCCUGACAAGGAAGCAGGCCAAUGUCCAAUGGCUUUCGUGCAACGCAAGCCUGAGCGCGAUCUUUCUAAGAAACAAGUUAUUGACUUCAUCUCUAAACAGGUGGCCCCAUAUAAAAGAAUAAGGAAGGUCGCAUUUAUAGACUCCGUACCAAAGACUGCAUCCGGCAAAACACUUCGCAAGGUUCUCAUCAACCUAGCCACUUCUAAGCUUUAAGAAAAUCUCUACAUUCUCUCUUUUCACUGUAUAAUAUUUUCGACAUAACCAGUACCGGUCCUGAGAUAUUAUGGGUCCAAUACAAAAUGAAAAUUACGGGCCCUAAAUCAUUAAAUAAAUAAAAUUUAAAAUAAUUUACGAUUAAAACUAUAAUUUUUUUGAAACUAA